CUUCUUUCUCAGCUUGUGGUUCUCUUUUUCCAAGUGAACACCAAGCUGAGCCUUCUUCCUCUUCUUCAUUUUUUCUUCUCUUCCAUUUCAAACUAUGAAGGCUCUCAGCCCUUACUCUCCGCCGCCGUCCUUCAGUACCUUCCUCCGCCGCCGUUCCUAUCCUCGCCUCUUACCGGUUCACUCUAUCACCGUCCAAUGUGCUUAUGGACCUGAAACUUUCAGCGUCCAAAACGGCGUUGGCCUCUCCCGAGCCGAUUGGCAAAGCUCCUGUGCUAUUCUUGCCAGUAACGUCGUUUCUCAGCAACAAUCCGCCGAUAAUUCUGCCGGUGGAGGCGGCGUUGGACAUGUUGCGUCGGUCAAUGGCCACAAGACGAAUGUUGAGAAUCUUAAUCUUGUUCCGAUUGGGAAAAUUUCUGAUACUUACCAAAUAACCAAGCCGCAACCUAAGCCGUUAACCAUUACCGACUUUUCUCCGGCUCCGAUGCACGGUGAGAAGCUUCGUGUGGCGUACCAAGGCGUUCCGGGAGCUUACUCAGAAGCCGCUGCUGGAAAGGCGUAUCCUAAUUGCGAAGCCAUUCCUUGCGAUCAAUUUGAGGUCGCUUUUCAGGCGGUGGAGCUAUGGAUCGCUGAUCGAGCGGUUCUUCCGGUUGAAAACUCUCUCGGCGGUUCGAUCCAUAGAAAUUACGAUCUGCUCCUUCGUCAUCGGCUACACAUUGUUGGUGAGGUUCAACUUCCGGUCCACCACUGCCUUCUGGCUCUUCCAGGAGUCCGGAAAGAGUAUUUGAGCCGAGUAAUUUCUCAUCCUCAAGCCCUAGCUCAAUGCGAACUCACUUUGACGAAAUUAGGGCUCAAUGUCACUCGAGAAGCCGUCGACGAUACCGCCGGCGCGGCGGAAUACAUCGCGGCGAACAAUCUCCUCAAUACAGCAGCGAUUGCGAGUGCACGCGCCGCGGAACUGUACGGUCUCCAGGUCAUAGCGGAGGGAAUCCAGGACGAUUCGAGUAACGUGACGCGAUUCGUUAUGCUAGCUCGAGAUCCGAUUAUUCCACGAACAGAUCGACCGUUCAAAACCAGCAUCGUCUUUGCUCACGACAAAGGAACGUCCGCGCUAUUCAAGGUACUCUCCGCUUUCGCCUUCCGCAACAUUAGCUUAACGAAGAUCGAAUCCCGGCCGCACAGAAAUUGCCCUAUCCGCCUCGUCGACGAUGCAAACGUCGGCACUGCAAAGCACUUCGAGUACAUGUUCUAUGUUGAUUUUGAAGCCUCCAUGGCUGAAACUAGGGCACAAAACGCCCUAGCAGAAGUCCAGGAGUUCACAUCCUUCCUCAGAGUCUUAGGAAGCUAUCCGAUGGACAUGACUCCUUGGUCCCCUUCCGGCGGCGAUUAGCAAUCACAUAUCGCCAAUCAAGUUUUCAGAUAAAAGAAUGGCCGGAGAGGAAGAAGAAUAUUCUCAAAAUCCGCGCUCUGUUUAGUUUUCCGUUUGUUUCGCUUCGAUCUGAACCGCCGUUGACAUGGUCAAAAGGUCUUGGCGGCAGCGUUGACGGCGGCGGUGGUGGUAGGUAACGCAAACAGCGACGGCGACGGCGGUGGAUGGGACUUCGAAAAUUGUAAAAAAAAAAAUUAUAUAUAUAUAUAUUUAAUAUAUGUAUAUGAAUGUAUGUCAUGUGGAUGGAUUUGGAACUGCGGUUAUCUUCAAAACGACGUUCAACGCAGCGUUUUGUUCGUACCGUUGGGAGGUCCCUUGGAUCGGGAUCAUGUUCUUAUGUGGCGUGUUGUGAUUGGGCCUCUCGAAAAUUAUUAAGAUUAUUUUUUUCCCCUGUAGAUUUAUAUUAUUCUUUUUCUUAGUUUUUAUUUUUGAGCCGCAUAAAAUUACUGUUGAGACUAUUUGCUGCAUUUCUUCACGUUGGCUUUUGAUUUUGUUUUAAUUUUGCAAUUGAAAUGAGAGGGUUAAUGGGUGGAAUAA